UAAUGUAUUCCUGAUGGGCGAACAGAGCACAACUGCACCCACAUCCAAACACGACCCCUAUCUAUAACACGCUCCUUCUCCUCAUCCUCAGGCUGUUCGCCAGGAAAGUACAGCGACCGUCGAACAUGUCGAAGUCGAAGAAGCAGUUGAUGUCUUCAGCUCCGUGGAGGGUGGAAGAAGAGGCGGAGGAUGAAUUCCCAGAAGGGAAGCUUAAGGUGACGAGUCAGCCAGGGUCGACUCCAACCAUGCACGUCCCUCGCAAGAAAACCAAGCGCUCUCAGGACCAAGACGAUCAAGAUUCUCUCACGGAGAUCGAUCCUGAGCUCCGCUACAGCUUCCAGCGCAACUUUCAGUUCCUUCAACGGGUGUUCAGCAUUGAUACUGUCGUGAAACCUCUUCCUCCCGCCAUGGCAUACAAUGUCUCCCGCAACUUGAACUUCUUCACUCGUAUUUUCACACAGUUCUUUGAUCCUGAAGGUAUUGCAAAUGCGCAAAAAUCACUUGGGCUAGGACAGGAAGAAAAAGUUCGUAAAGUUCGUUGAUGCAUGUUGAGGAAUAUAGAGUUGAGUAAUAAACAUUUUGUAAUUCUAGUUUUGACUGUGUUUAGCUUGAAUGUUGUCCAUGACCAUGAUGGUAUAUUGUCUCUAAAUAUUGGGAAAUUUGAUCUCACAAUUUAAAUGGCAACACAUCUUUGUCGCGAA